AUGCGAGCCAUUGCUUUCCUUUUGUUCUUUACUUUGCUGUUCACUGCAUCUGGGACGAUUCUUGAGAACGGCCAGGCGCGGUUGAACCCGUAUCCGGGGCAAGCGGAGGUUAUUACGCUGGACAAAAAGACAUGGAGAGACUACAAGCCUAGCGCAAAGGAGAUCUCCUACAAGGGGAGAUGGGACGACAAGCAUAUUUCUUGGCUCCUGGAUUCAAGCUUGCAUUCACUGGUGAAAAGACUGGGUGGCCAGGACUGGCAAUUCUCCAAUGUCACUGCCAACGCGACAUAUCAAUUCAUUGGCCCGACCACGACGGGGCUCAAUCUCACUAAUGCCGGCGACGCAAAGUCCUUUGAGCUGAGAGGUAGGCAUUUACAAACUGGGCCUACGGAUACGUUUCCCGGCUCCGUGUACAGCAAGAGUUUACUGACCAUAAGCACAAUUCAGCUAGCCGGUGUAUCCGUCGCCGCAGAUGCAAAAAUCUCCAGGAUCGCUGAGUACCCGAAGAUGGUAGAAAUCAUCGGAGACUCGCUGAGCUCCGGCGACUACGCUACAUACGAAGGACUGUCCUCAUGGGCGUAUGAUUUCGCAGCAGGACUCGGAAACGUAGAAUACUCCAUUACUGCCUAUCCCGGUAUCUGCCUCCACGACCAGAAUUGCUGGGGAAAUCCCCGCGGUCAGGCCUACCAAUGGUACCGCACAUCUGACACAUCCUGGCGGGCACACGAGAUCUACGGCGACAAUCCACCCAAGUGGAACUUUGCAGCUCAGCGUCCAGCCGAUCUGGUGGUCAUCAACAUUGGCACAAACGACAACAACCCGACGAACAAUGUAUCAAGCACAGACUACUACAACGACUACAUCACUCUCGUGGGCAACAUUCACAAGAUCUGGCCCAAGGCCGAUAUCGUUCUUAUGUCGCUAUGGGGUGGCUUCGGAGCUUCGGGGGAUACAUACGUGCAGGGCCCUAUAUGGGUGGAUGAGAUCAAGCGGGUUUACCAGCACUACGAGAAGCAGGGGUUCAUCCAUUAUUUCGACACGACGGGGAUCCUGCAGCACAACGAUAUCGCGCCGCAGUGGCAUCCCACGGAUUUUGGACAUCUGAAGAUUGCCGCGCAUCUGAUGCAGUGGGUGAAGUUGAAGUUUGGGUGGGAGUUUGGGGCUACCGGCCCUGAGGUGCAUCACGGGACUUUGUACUGGAAUGAUCAGGCAAAUUACUAG